AAUGAGCGCAGCCGGAUGCGCAGCCCCGUUUCCGUGCAGCUCGGGUCCUCCCAACAUGAUGUAAUGUCAUGAAUAUUGAAACAGGUUGCUUGUUGGUCGGGAGGCGCUCGAGUCAGCAUCUCCUCUGCCUCCCCAUCACCACUACCUUAAGCAUCCGACAAAAUAAUAAAAACCCGACAGAAAGUGUGAGGGGUUUCGGUGAAGGAGAUGGCUGUUGCUGAGGAUGAACUGAGCCUCUGACACCAUGAUGAACCCAUCAUCUGCCGACUCAUCGCGGCAGCCAGACAAUAGCAGCCGGAAGCAGCAGCAGCAGCAGCAGCGAUCUUCGUCUCCGGCCGGACAGAAAGACGCCGGAGCUAAAGCGGCGCAGAAGGGCAGCAACCCGUCCAAACCCGUCGCUUCAAAGCAAGGGGGUGGAGGAGGAGGAGGAGGAGGGGGAGGCAGAAGCAGCCGGGGUCAGUCUCCAGUCUCCGCGGGCAGGGAGCGCCAGGCCGGCGGCGCUCCGGCGGGCAGAGGCGCGGCCGCUGUCCAGGCUGCCGGUGCUGAAAGCCCGACGCUCAGCAGGCCCGCAGCCGCCGAGAGAGGCGCGGCCCCGGCGGCGGAGGAUUCCCCCCGCCCCGCUGCCGAUGCGUCGUCCUCGGCUCCGAACCGCGUCGUCUCCGACCAACCCUGCGCAUCCAAAUCCCCCAAACUGAGGAGCAAAAACCCGAGAGGAGGGGAGGCGGCCGCCGCGGCCAGCAGCGGCGGCAAGAAGAGCUCCAAGAGCACCGUGGGCUGCGGGCCGGGCUUCUGGAAGGAGGGAUGUCUGCAGUCCGAGCUGAUACAGUUUCACUUGAAUAAGAGCUUGGGGAAGAAAGGGACCAAGAUGCAGGCGAAAUCAGCAUCUCCUCCGGCCUCAGAGCCGGAGCUGUCCCCUGAGCCAGAGCCCCCCCAGAUGGCUCCGCAGCAAGACCAGACGCUGAAGGAUGAGAUCGAGAGGCUGGAAGAUGAAAACGAUGAUCUGAAGACUGAAAUAGAGGAGAUGCGUGCGGAGAUGGAUGAAAUGCGGGACACCUUCUAUGAAGAAGAUGCAUGUCAGCUUCAAGACAUGCGCAGAGAGCUGGAGAGGGCCAACAAGAACUGUCGGAUCUUGCAAUACCGCCUAAAGAAGGCCGAGAGAAAGAGACUCAGGAUCACAGAAAGUGGUCAAGUGGACGAAGAGCUGCUGAGAAGCCUGGAGCAAGACUUGAAGGUGGCAAAGGAUGUGUCUGUACGUUUGCACCAUGAGCUGGAAAAUGUGGAGGAGAAAAGGACAAAAACAGAGGAUGAGAAUGAGAAGCUGAGGCAGCAGCUGAUAGAGGUUGAGGUCACUAAACAGGCGCUGCAAAAUGAACUCGACAAAGCCAAAGAGCUUUCCCUGAAAAGAAAAGGAAGUAAGGAUGUGCAGAAAGCAGAGAGAAAGACCCCACAAACACCGAUUGAGGAGGAAAACGAGGAUCUGAAAUGUCAGCUCGCCUUCAUCAAAGAAGAAGCCGUCUUGAUGAGGAAAAAAAUGGCAAAGAUUGACAAGGAGAAGGAUCGACUGGAGCAGGAGCUGCAGAAGUACCGCUCCUUCUACGGGGACGUGGACAGCCCUCUGCCUAAAGGUGAGGCCGGCGGGCCUCCCACCACCCGCGAGUCUGAGCUGAAGCUGCGUCUGCGCCUUGUGGAGGAGGAGGCCAACAUCCUGGGAAGGAAGAUCGUGGAGCUGGAGGUGGAGAACAGAGGACUGAAGGCUGAGCUGGACGACAUGCGUGAGGACAGUCUGGCCGCAGCAGGAGUGGACGGCUCCAGCAUCGGAGGUCAGCAGAGCAGAGAGCAGGGUGAGGCGCUGUCUGAACUGAGGCAACAGCUUCAGCUGGUGGAAGAUGAGGCAGAACUUCUCCGCAGGAAUUUAGCAGAUGUCGAAGAAGAGAAUAAAAAGGUCACCAGUGAACUUAAUAAACUGAAAUACAAGGCCGGAUCCCAUGAAGCUGGAUCAAGACAUGGAGGUGGAGCUGACCCGGCUAAGAUGGAGGCCCUCCAGGAGGAGUUGAAAGCCGCUCGCCUGCAGAUCAAUGAGCUGAGCGGCAAAGUCAUGCAGCUUCAGUACGAGAACCGGGUGCUGCUGUCCAACAUGCAGCGCUACGACCUGGCCUCUCACCUGGGCAUCCGCAGCAGCCCGCGGGACAGUGACGCGGAGAGCGACGGCGGGCGGGACGACGACACCCCUUCGGCCUCGGCCUCCUCCCCUCGCCUCCUCCCGCCCCAUCGCAAGCGGGAGGGCCCGAUCGGGGGGGAGAGCGACUCGGACGAGGUCAGGAACAUCCGCUGCCUCACCCCGACGCGUUCCCUCUACUCACCUGUGGACAGCCGUUUUUUAUCCAGAAGCCUGAAGGACCGGCAACACAUGAUAGACAUCCGCAUCGAGGCGGAGAGGCUGGGCCGGACCAUCGACAGGCUAAUCGCUGACACCAGCACUAUCAUUGCCGAGGCUCGGGUGUAUGUCACCAACGGGGAGCUGUUCGCCCGGCUGGAUGAGGAUGAUGAAGGUGGCAGGAUCAGAGAACAUGAGCUGCUCUAUCGGAUCAACGCUCAGAUGAAAGCGUUCAGGAAGGAACUGCAGACCUUCAUAGACCGGUUAGACGUCCCUAAGCAGGAAGACAAACAGGCGGAGGAGCCGCUGUCUAUGUUUCAGCCCAUUAUUUUGCUGAUCCUCAUUCUUGUUCUGUUUUCCUCACUCUCUUAUGCCACCAUUUUUAAAUUGGUAUUUCUUUUCACCCUGUUCUUUGUUCUGUGAAGCACAUGUCCAGCAUCAUAUUAUGUACAUUCUUAUGGUUUCUUUUUGACUUGUUCAUUCAUUUUAUUCCUGUUAUGUUAAAAAAAAAAAAAAAAAAACAUCAUGUAAGGUCACUCAAGGUACAGGACAUUAUCA